AUGUCGAAUGCGCCUCCGCCGGCGCUCUUACCACCGCCCGAGGGUAUCUUCCGGACCUUUGAGGACCUCCUGACUUCCGUUCAGCGCGUCGCCAAGGACCAAGGCUACGGUGUCGUCAAGCUCCGCGCUUCAAACUACCGCGAUGGCAAACCUACUCGGUACGACUUGGUUUGCGACCGCGGCGGCGUCAAGUACAGCAGCACUGCGAAGAAGCGCAACCCCUCGACGCGCAAGGUUGACUGUCCGUGGCGCGCAAAGGCCGUUUGCGAGGUCCAGCUGGGAAACCAAUGGCGUUUUGCUGUUCAGGAGGGCAGCCACAACCAUGAGCCUCGCGUCGCGACUGCUCCGCCUGGCCAGGAAAACACCCCUCUCGCCCAGUCGAUCCGCUCCUUCACAAACAAGAUCGAUCGGCUCAGCCACGACAUGGCCCAGGGUUUCAUGCGCAUCGAGCAGCAUCUCGACACGAUGAACAAGCGCUUGGAGAACCUCGAGAACCGCACCGGCGGCUACGAACCUCGCUUCCAAAACAUGGAGUCGAGGCUACAGGGGAUGGAGGCACGUGGUAGCAUGGAGCUCCCUAUGGACGACGUCGACGCCCGACUCCUGUCGUCGACGGUCAUGUAG